GCGGGCUCAAUCUUCAACGAGGAAGAUGUACUUUUCUAACGCGCGAAUUUUUGUUUACUAAAAAGUUUGUGUCGCUGGUCAUGAGUAAUUUUCAUCAUGGUGAUGUAUGUAGUGCAUUCCCACCCUGUCCAGCAAAAGUACAAGACUCACGUUUGUAGCAGAGCGACUCUUUUCCAGUUCUUUGUCAUUUUUCUGACUUUCAUACCUCCUCUUAUCAUCGCCUAUGUGACACACGGUUUUUGGCUCAAGGAAAGCACUUUCAGAGAACAACCCGACGUUCGAUUCAAACACGAAAUCCUUCUGGUAGUUCAAGGAAAUACCCCUGGCUCAUUUCUAGCCUACAGCACUUUCCAAAAUUUUAACCAGCUUCUGCAACAAAAGCUUAGAAUUCCACUCAUCAAGUCUUGGGAGACAGAUAAUAACCUGGAUGGAAAAUAUGAUAGCCUUCACUUCAAUAUUAAGAUACCCUUGGCAGACUCUGAAGCAAUACAUUCCAUACAGUUGAUGCUGAUAUUUGAUUACCAAUUUCAUAAAUAUGUUGCACUUCAGAUGGAAAGCAUGGCUUAUAUCCAUUACUCAUCUCCUCUAGCAGGAGCAGAGUUUUCUACAGUCGGAAAACUUGUCCUUCAACAAUCAGGACCCUUACCACACAAAGGAAUUCAUGACAUUUAUGAUGUGCCGGUUAUUGAUGGUACAAGCUCAAAUGUUGAGGCAUACGACUUGUACGAUGUUUUUACCAGUUAUGUCCAACGUAAUGUCACCACAGAGUAUAUCUCAUUUCACCCUGUGUGGACAAGUGGACGAGCAGCAGGACAGCCGUUUGUUAUACAAGGAACUAUCUUUUAUCCAGAAGAGACAAUCAUGUACCGACCAGGAUUCUGGCAACUGAUCAAGAUGGCAUGGAUCCAAUACCUGGCAAUUCUCUUCAUUUUCCUCUUUCUGUUUGACAGAGUCAAAAGAUUUGUGUUUGAAAAUCAAGUGGUGACAACUGUUCCUAUGAUGAUAGAAAAAGAGCAUCAGGAAUAAUGAGCUAAUAAUGAACAGAUGCCAAUGUACAAAGUUAGUUUGGGAAGGCAUCUUGUGAUCAGAUGGAAUUUUAAUUUAUGAUGUUGAUGAAACAAAAAAGCGGAGAAAUCUAUUGUAGCAAAGCCAAAAAACUGGAGCAAAUCUUGCCAUCAGCCUGAAAAAGAUGACAGCAAAUUUAAACAAAGCCUUGCCAUGUGUCACCAUUCUUUACGUAAAUGACUGACACAGACGAGUACCAUGUAAGUUGUUUGUCACCCGCUAAUGUGGGCUGGCUCACCUUUGCAAGAUUCAGUAUGUCCUCGAGGGGCCAGGGAAGAGUGUUAUUUGCUUCUGUAUUGUUCAACAUUUUCAUAGUGACAGUGAAAAUUUACAACCAGCCACAACCAAUCAGAUGCCUCAUGGAUUGCUAAUAGUGUUCUGAUGUCAUUAUGGAAUUUUUGGAUCAGAUGUUUGACAGGAUCCUUGUGGAGAAUGGCAAUUAUCACAUGACAAUGGAUGUCUGUUUUCUAUGGCCAUGGAGUAUUCCAAAUGUUGUCACUGUGCCAUGUUGCUAGGCAACCUCUGAUAAAUGUUAUUUUCUGAUUGUGCAUGUUCAGAUGCUGUGUGCAGCAUAUACCGGUAGUUUUUGUUUUGAAGGACGCAAAAGUUUAAAGUCAAUUUCUUUCUAUUUAUUGCUACGCUUUUUUAUAGGUGCUAAAAUAUCUCAUCUAAUUGCCUAAGCAACGUCAGGCAGUGAAGGGUGCAAUUUUGACUAAGAGGGGAUUCUUAACAAGACCCAGGGGUUUCAUUAGUGCUUUCAGAGGAAAAGCAUCAGGUUUUCACAGGCUGGCAAAACUUUUUGAACUGAAAUUCUUUGUAGAAAAACUUUCCUCUAGAUGGUAAAACCAGGCAGGCCAAAUCGCCCUCACAGACAGUCCAUUUGCCCAGGGUCCAGCCCUUAUUGAACCCCCGGCAACAUCUCAUUUGCAAUAUUUGAGCAUCCAGUGACUGGGGUGUUCCAGUUUUAUUUCAUGAUAUUUGAAUGUUAAGAUCUUUUUAACUUAGAGUUGGCAUACGUGCAUCUUAUGUUUUUAAUUAAUGUAUGAUUUUAUACAGCAUACACAGGGCAAUUGAUCAACUCACCACACCCCUGCAUGUUGUUUGGAAAGAAAAUCAAAUUUUUGUUGACAAUUUUAAACCGUGAUCCCUUGAAUAGGGACACACAAAAUUGACAGGGAAACCAGUGGAUCAAAUUGUAUUGUGGGAUGCCUGUCUUAACCUCCUCUACAGGGAAUAUAAACUAACGUAAUGAAGAAAAAAAUCGGGAGAAUUCUCUUAGUUUUCGGGACAACCUCCAUUGCUAUAUUGCUACAUUGUUACUGCUCAAAUAGCGUCUAUUGAAGUUGUCACUCCUUGUCUUGUCGCACCUUCAAGUAUUAGAUCAUUGUAUGUCUUACGAAAUAUCAUUUACACACGCGUACAUAGAGAACUAAAUGAUACAUUGCUUCUUAAAAUACGUAAAUACGUACAGAAUCUUUCGAGUAUUGCAGUGCAAAUCUGGUUUAACCGCAGUCAACUGUGAACAUGCCCUGAGCUUUGAAAACAAUUUUUCGGGUUUUGUUUAGUUUUGUUUUUUGCUAACUUCCGCGCUUUCCCCCAAAAAAGAAUGCCUUCAGAGAGUUGUGUGGGUCUAAUCUUGACAUUCGACUGGCAUUAAUUGAAAAUUCUCAUUCAUUGCGAUAAAUGUUGAGGUCGAGGCCAUAGGCGAAAUUUCGGAACGUCGGGUCCCUCUGUAAACGUUAAGAAAACUGUUGAAUUUUUGUUUUGAAAUGCUCGCCUGUUCUUGCACUUGACUGGGUUUAUUUAUUCAUGUGUGCAUGGGAUAACACUGUGUAAGCCUUUGAGGCUUUUAAGCUUCCGGUUUUUUAUUAACUUAUUCGGUCGUUCCAGUGGUAACUGUUUCCUCAAUAAUGUUUAAUUUGUAAGAAAAAAACUAAAUUAUUCAGUUACUUUCUUCUUAGACGUACAUACUGCUUGUAAAUAAAGAGAAUAUACUUUUUAAA